UAGAAAAUGAGAAAUACAAAUUGUUAAACCCCCACAAAACCCCUUCUGUUUUACUUCUAUUUCCUCCUUUCUUCAUUCUUCUGGCUCAAAGCUGCCGUUUUGUGGCCGUCUGUCGUUUGCCGUCCGACCAAGCCAAGCCCUGCCAAUCCGCCAUCCCACCAGCCAGCCCGAUUGUUGCCACCGACCUGCAGGUCACUGGAGUGCGGUUUAUCUAUAAAAUUCAUCAUCAUUACCCCCUUAAUCCCUCCAUUAAUACAAUUCUUAAUUCUUAAAUGCCUUCCAAUUUUCAAUCUUUAAUCUGAAAAAUCCCGAAUAACUUCUUCUUUGGUUAACUUUCUGAUUUUUUGGCUGGAUUAAGUAAAUUAAUUGAUUUAUAUUUUGGGUUAUUGCUUGGGUACUCAAGUAGAGGAUAAAUACAUCACCACCACCGCUCUUGCCGCCAUUUCUGUUGCCUACCCUUUCUUACGGUAGUCGGGAAGCUAGACAACUUUGUGCCAAAUGAAAAAGCAUCUUUUUGUCUUUGAGGUGAUCACGAAGUAACUUCCAAAAUUAGUCUCCUGUUCCGCUUAUUAUGGACACUGACGCCGCCAAGCUUCGGCGUCAAGCUUUAUUGGCGCCUCCACGAACCCUAGACGUCCGAAAAUAUGCUGAAUGUAGAGCUGCCGAGAUCGAGUCCCUCCACACAAUCGUCUCAAAUCGCCUCGGCAAUGACUUUCGUUCUCGACGCAGCAAACGCCGUCGAACCACGGGUUUCGAGUCCAAGAACCGACGUUUUUGGAAACAUUCGACUUCAAAAGAUAAGGAAGAGAGUAAAAAUCAGAAUGACAAUGAGCAAAAGAAGUUGCCUCGUAGAGUUCGGAGAAAAAUUGAGUUAACAAAGAAGAAUCCAGAAUUCGGGUUUAGUGUUUCGGGAGAUGGAACAAAGAGGUUGCGCACUCAUGUUUGGCAUGCUAAGCGUUUUACGAUGGAGAAGCUUUGGGGAUUUUAUCUUCCUUCUGGAUUGCACGGACGAGGAAAGGGAUCAAGGGCACUUUUAAAGUGGCACAGACAAGGGGCUGUUGUGCAUGACGCAAGCUACUACAGUGCUGUUCAGUUGGACGGCCCAGAGGAUACGUUGUCAUCAAUUCUUAGCAUGUUAUUGCGUCCUUCUCCAACAGAUCGUUGUGAAGAUAACUGCACUCGGUUGCUUUCUGGAGAAAUAUAUGGACGUGCUAUGCUUCAUCAUGCCAAACAGGAUAGUUAUAAAGCAAUAUGCCCUGUGACAUUUAUGUGGCGACCAUUGCAGCAACAAAGCAUAGUUGGUACGAAUGAUAGAGUAACUGAGGAUAGUAUAGAGAUUAAAUCAAGCUCUUGCUUACGUCAACUUUGGAUAUGGAUGCAUCCAUCAGCUUUUGAUGAAGGACUUGAUUGUCUAAAACUCGCUUGUCAAAAGAUGAUGAACGACACAGGUGUUGUGAUUGGUUGUGUGUCCCUUGACGGGAAAUUUGCUACAUUAGAAGUCAUGGGACUGAAAUCAUUUCAACUUCUGCAAAAGCUGCUGCGUCCUAUUACUUUUUCAGUGGAGACUGGUUCAACCACAGAGUAUACCGAUGGAGAUCUUGGGAAGGAAGAGUCCUUUUCUCCUGGCACGGCAGUCUUACUUACAGUUGUUGACCCACGAUUCUCAUGUCACAAAAAGGCUGAAGUACUUCCAGUUGCCCAUUUAUCCAAAGAUCCAAAGGAGUCCAUGCAAGACAAGUGUGAACAGAACUCUACAGGAAACCUAAUUAUGAAGGAAGGAGUACUUUCUACCUCACUGUCAAAAGAUGAAAGCACUUCCUCUUUAUUUAUGUGUAAGGACUUGUGGGAUGCCAGUAACGGGGUUAAUCCACCCAUGGAAGAGCAUAUUCUCUGUUCAAAGAGGCAUCAAAAGUCUUUGGAUUUCUUUUGCUCGAAGAGUACAGCUUCAACGAUUUUUGAGACUACCGAGGGUUCAUAUUCAAAUUUGUGUCCAAUCAUGCUACUGAAAAAUGCUGAUGAAGCAAGCCUCCAUAUUGGGUGGACUAUUAUACUUCCUAUUUGUUGGGUUAAGGCUCUCUGGAUUCCUUUGAUAUCUGGUGGAGCUCAUGCAAUCGGUUUGAGAGAGAAGCAUUGGAUUGCUUGUGAUGUUGGGUUGCCGUGUUUUCCACAAGAUUUUCCUGAUUGCAAUGCAAACUAUUACAUGAUGGAAAAAGCAGCAGCGGCAUUUGACAAGACAAUGGAAAAUCAAUCUUUUGCCACAAGACCGUUAAGAAUUCCUAUACAACUUCCUUGGAAUAGCAAAUGGUUUUUGAGCAAUCUGGAGGGUAAUGGAGAUUAUUCGGGAAAUCUGGAUGGCAAACUUAAUGACGUACCACUCAGUAAUAACUGUGGUUUUUCUGAAGUUUCCGUGGCAAGGACGUCCAGAAUGUUAAAUUCUUUCUUGAAGGAAGUGUCUGGUGAAAAUUUGCUGAUAUAUCCCAAAGGGAUAGAUAGGCCGAGAUUUUCACAUGUAAUGAUGAAUGAAGCCAAGAUCAGCCAGGGCUCAAACUUGACCAGUUUGACUACUGACAGGAGAUUGUGUUAUCUUAGAGUUGUCUUGCAUGCUUUUAAGGAAGGAGUUUUCGAUGAGAGAGCAGUUGUUUGUGCGCCUCGUUUUUCUGACAUAACGUCUUUAACCUCUAGGUUAGUAAAUGACGAGGGCAUCCAAGUGCCUCAUGCUCAUUUUGGCUCUUACUUCAAAGAGUUACCAUCCGGUAAGUGGGAUUUUCAGUUGCCUGAGGAUCCUGCUGCUAGGGAAGCUUAUAGGGCGCCAAUCGGCUUUGUCACCACCGGAUUUGUUCGAGGAAGCAAGAGACCAGCUGCAGUGGCUUUUUGUGAAGCAGUGCUGCUUGCUCGGUUUAGACACGAACAGUGGAGUCGCUUCCCCGCAAAGAAGAGGAGGAAGGAGAUAUUCGUCUUGGUCAGAAAUUUGAGUUCUACGGCAUAUAGACUUGCUCUUGCUACCAUUGUUUUGGAAAGACAAGAGGAAGAUGUGGAAUCCCUUUGACAAGGAAAUUCUUCCUGAUUGAAGUUCAUGGCUUUCAGCUACCAAAACUUCCACAUUGUGUUUGUCUCAAUUUUGAAAGGGGAUUCUUUUAAUAUUCUUAAAUUUUGGCUUCCCAGACUCGAGAGUUGAGACACACGAUCAAGAUAUACAUGAUAGAUAGUAGAGGCGUGCAAAAAUAUCCGAUCCAGAAAAUCGGAUGUUAGAUAUUAGAUAGAAGUAGAGCUAGCUUCCGAGACAUUAUGCAGAUUGAAUAUUCCUCUUUCCUUUAAAUUUUUUUAAUAAAACCCUAAAAAAAAACUUUGUAAAUUGUUAUUUCCUUAAUGUAUUAACCAAUAUUUUUUUCCUAUAUAACGUAGGCUAUGAAGCUCCUUUUCUUAGG